GAAGAAGAAACAGAAGAACUACUUUAACCAGAGUUCUUUGCGCACAUAUAGGAAGCUGGUGAAGAGGUCCAAAAACAAAACCGGCCAGCAAGUGAAAGAGAUUCAAUGCACGGAGACAUCGUGAAGUGCCACCAAUGGCUCUCCGACUGCUCAAAGUCCCCUCUCUGGCCACAGCAGUGCUUGCCUCUUCUGGAUUUUACCUCUACAAUAGACGACUUGAUUUCAAUGACCUGAGUUUGAUCCGCUUUGGACGAGCUGCUGCCACUACUGCUGUCAUCAGCUAUGACUAUCUGACUGCUUUCAAACAUGUGGAAUAUGGCACAGAGGAAUAUUGGGCCCUUAAGUCCAAGGUACAUCGACGUUCAGCGGAGCGUCUUCGAGAUCUGUGCUGUGCGAAUCGGGGUACCUUUAUCAAGGUUGGCCAACACCUUGGCGCGCUAGAUUAUCUCCUUCCAGAAGAGUACACAUCCACGCUGAAGGUACUUCAUAGUCGAGCUCCUCAGAGCAACAUGGAAGAGAUCGUGCAGGUCAUCAGAGAAGACCUUGGCAAGGAGCUGUCAGAGUUGUUUGUUUUAUUUGAAGAGACGCCUCAGGGAGCUGCCUCUUUAGCCCAGGUCCAUAAAGCCGUGCUGCAUGAUGGGAGGACGGUGGCUGUUAAGGUCCAACACCCCAAAGUCCAAAGACAAAGCUCCAAAGACAUAUUGGUGAUGGAGGUGUUGCUAAGAGGGGUCCAUUGGCUUUUCCCUGACUUCGCCUUUAUGUGGUUGGUAGAAGAGGCCAAGAAAAACAUGCCAUUGGAGCUGAACUUCCUUAAUGAAGGACACAAUUCAGAAAUUGUAUCAAAAAAGCUGGCCCACUUCACAUUUCUCAAGGUCCCCAUGAUCCACUGGGACUUGUCUACGAAGAGGGUUCUGACCAUGGAGUUUGCUGAGGGAGGGCAGGUCAACGACAGGGAGUACAUGAAGACACAUGGCAUUAACGUCAACGAGAUUUCAGAAAACCUGGGCAAAAUGUACAGUGAAAUGAUCUUUAUACACGGCUUUGUUCACUGUGACCCCCACCCUGGCAAUGUGUUGGUUCGAAAGUGUCAAAAAAGCAAGAAGACAGAGAUCUUCCUCCUCGAUCAUGGGCUUUAUCAGGUUCUACAACCAGACUUCAGGAUAAACUACUGCCAGCUCUGGCAGGCUCUGAUUCAUCAGGACAUGUCUGGGGUGGAGCGUUACAGUCGCAAACUCGGAGCUGGAGAUCUGUACCCACUGUUUGCUUGUGUGCUCACCGCUCGUUCCUGGGCUGCCAUCAACUCUGGCAUUAGUUCAGUGCCUGUCACACUCUCAGAGGAUGUCGAAAUACGGACCAAUGCAGCUGUUUACCUGCCCCAGAUCAAUGAUCUGUUGAACAAAGUUCCCCGGCAGAUGUUGCUGCUAUUGAAGACCAACGACCUAUUGAGGGGAAUUGAAACCACUCUACAGACCAGAGCUUCAUCGUCCUCCUUCAUCAGCAUGUCACGCUGCUGCAUACGUGCUUUGGCCAGACACAAAAGGAGUAAGAUUCAGUCCAGCAGAAGACGUCUGCAAAUCACGCUGACAGAGUCUUUCAACCUCUGGAGACUUAGUAUGUAUGAGUUGUUUCUAUGGUUGAAAGGCUCUCUGUUGGGACAAGGGGUUUCUACUCUGCUAGCAUUUCUACACUGAGACAUGAACAAAUCGAUCUAUAACGUGAGCCCCUGACCACUAGCUCCUCCAGUGUACUGCAAAACAGCACAUACAGUUCAGAGAGUUGUAUCUUCCUGCAGUUGAAAGUAAUUUGUUUAAAACAUACAUUUCACUGUUCGAUAAAGUCUCAUGAUUUUUGUCUUAUUUGUGAAUUGUCUGAAAAUACAAAGCCCUAACUCAUCACACAAACCAGUUUGUUAAAAGACAUUUUUAGUUUUUCAUUUUAAUGUUUUUACUCGCAUAUCAUCACUGUCGGGUGGAAAAAGCUCCAAUGUCCAAAGUUUAUAUUUUUUCCACAAAUCUAUUAUAUUGGUCAUUUCCCACAUGGUUGUGUUAUUUUUACACAUUUCUGACCAAUUAAAAGUGUUAAAGAUGGCUUGAACUCUUUGAUGAUGUAAUGUAAUGGCUCAACAAAUAGGCUGUUGUUUUUUGUUUGUUUCCUGAAAUAGAGAUGGUUUUGACAAUGUGAGGCACGAAGCCAGCAAUAUAUUAAUGGACACUAGAAUAUAAAAUGAUGACCAUAUAUUGUGCUUAAUUUUUUUGCCGAUUUUCUAAUAAUGCCAUCCAUCCAAUCCAUUUUCCAUACCACCUGUCUUGGUCAGGGUCACAGAUUUCCUAAUGUCUUUUCCUAAUUUCCUAAAAAUGUACAGUAAUAAUGAGAAUACACUGUCCCACAGAAGACAUAUGAAUAGACUUCAACGUACUUAGAUUAUAUUUAUUGGUAGAUAGUUAUAGUUAUAUAGUUAAUAAGGUUUUUUUUUUUUUUAGAAUCUCAAACACCAACAUAGCAAUUGUCAAAGUGCGAUCUUGCUCCCAGCUGAUUUACCGGGUGUCGCACCUUCCCUUUUACCUUUUAAUUUGUAUCUUUUGCAUAUUUUUGACGUUGUCUCACAAAUUAGCUGGUGGUAUACAGUGUUAGCAUUAAUGGUAUAGAACAUGGAGUAAAUACUGUAUGCAGUACUCUAAGUACAAGCAGAUAUCUUGAGUAUAUGGAUCAAACCAACCAUUGGACCAUUGAUGCACUGCUUGUCAAAACAUACCUCAGGAUGCUACCGUUAUGUACAGUAUUUGCUGUAAACCCACGGUAGUAAUAUUUAUUAUUUUCAUCAACAAAUGAGUUACUGAGUCACUCCUUCCACUCAUCACAUUCUUCUGUAAAGAUCAUUAAAUGUUUACAAUAGAAUGGUCUCCAUAAGCAGAUUUUGGUAAGUUUAUUUUGUCAAUGGUGUAUCUUGCCAUUGUAGCUGAUACUCUUGUGCUAAUGCCAUAAUGUUCUGAGAGGAAAUGUAAACAAAUUCAAUAAUUAAAUAAAUAAAUACCAGUAUAUUUCUCAAAAUGCAAGUUUUCUCAAAGAAGCAGUAAUAGAUGUUUGCUCUAUAAGUACACCUACUAUAAGAACAUAUGGUAUGUAUGCCAGGAAGUGACAGUGCUAACAGCUGUUGUGGUGUAUAUAUAUUUUUUGUCAUACCAUAAUAAACCCUCAG